UCAGAUCACAUUACAUGGACUUCAUCGCUUACAGCUGUUUGAACAAGUUUCGUUUCGGUCUGAGAAAAGCUGAAGUCACUUCAUCGCACUUUCUAAAGUAACACUUCCGAUCCAGGGUCAGUGUUAUACAGUCUGAACUCUCGCAUCUAACGCGUUUUAAAUGCAAACUAAUAUGUGACUUCAGAGCGUGGAUUAUUAACUGAGCCGUUUUAAAGAAAAGUGUUGCACUAUGGCGGAUGGAGCGAGUCUGAGCGCGAGCUGUUUGAGCUCUCGAGCGAGGAAAGUUCACAGCAGCAGCAGCGCUUCAGUGCAGGCGAACAUGAGGAGGAGGACUCGACAGAGCACCAGAAGAGACAUUCACAGCCGGGUUGUCUUGGAGAAGGUCCUGGGCAUCACCGCCUCCAGCAGUAGUGCUUUAACCUGUGACCCCAACACGGGUUUGGUGGCUUAUCCUGCAGGUUGUGUUAUAGUCAUCCUGAGCCCACAGAAAAACAAGCAGACUCACAUAUUUAAUACCUCCAGGAAAACCUUCAGUGCCUUGGCUUUCUCGCAGAAUGGAAAAUAUUUGGUCACUGGUGAGAGCGGGCACAUGCCCUGUGUGCGGGUGUGGGACGUGGCAGAGCGGACGCAGGUGGCAGAGGUCCAGUGCCAUAAGUAUGGGGUGGCGUGUGUGGCGUUCUCCCCCAACGGGAGCUAUAUAGUGUCUGUGGGAUACCAGCACGACAGGACCGUCAGCGUCUGGGAGUGGAAGAAGGGGACUGUUAUCGCAUCCAAUAAGGUGUCCAGCCGUGUGCUUGCUGUAUCUUUCUCGGAGGACAACAGCUACUUUGUUACCGCAGGGAACAGACAUGUUAAGUUCUGGUACCUGGAUGCCUCAAAGGAAAGACGGGUGAACAGCACAGUGCCUCUGAUUGGUCGCUCAGGGCUGCUCGGGGAGCAUCAGAACAGUCAGUUCUGUGGUUUGGCGUGUGGCCGUGGCUCUAUGGCCAGCAGCACCUACUGCAUCACACACACGGGUCUGCUGUGCCAGUUCAACAGCAACCGACAACUGGAUUCCUGGGUUGAUCUCAAGACGACGUCUGCACAGUGCUUAUCGGUGAGUGAGACAUUUGUUUUCUGCGGUUGUGCUGAUGGCACAGUGCGCGUGUUCAGCCCUCAGGACCUGCGUUACGUCACCACUCUGCACCGGCCACACUGCUUGGGAGUAGAUGUGUCUCAGGGCACACAGCCUGGGCAUUUGUUCGGUGCAAACCCAGAAGCACAGUAUCCAGAUACCCUGGCUUUAACCUUUGACCCUGUGACCAGGCACUUGACGUGUGUGUAUAAUGACCACAGUGUGUACGUGUGGGACGUGCGGGACAUUCGAAAUGUUGGGAAGGUCUAUUCGGCUCUGUAUCACAGCGGAUGUGUGUGGAGUGUGGAGACCUACCCUGAGCUUGCAGAUUCAUCAGGAUGUCUGUCGCCUGGCUCUUUCCUCACAUGUUCAUCUGAUAACACCAUCCGCCUGUGGAAAAGUGAGUCCCCGCAGACUCACGGCUCAGGACUCGGCCUUCGCCACAACCUUUACAGCCAGGACAUCGUAAGGAUAGUAUAUGUGGACGAUGACACGCAGUACCUCAAAGCUGAGGCUGAGAAAGUUGAGGGAGGAAGCCAGGAUGGUAAAUCUGGGAUCAGGGUGCUGGGAAUCAGCCCAGAUGGCCAGCAUUUGGCUGCCGGAGACCGCAGUGGAAACCUGAGAAUCUUCGGCUUGCAGUUUAUGGACGAGCUGCAGAAAAUCGAGGCUCAUGAUUCGGAGGUCUUGUGCCUAGCCUUCUCUCCUAAUGAGACCGGUUUGCAUCUUUUGGCUACUGCAAGUCGUGAUCGGCUCAUUCACAUCUUUGACAUGGAGAACAAAUGCAACCUAGUGCAGACGGUUUACGAUCACUCGGCCUCCAUCACUGCCAUCAAAUUCACAGAUCUGAGUUCAGAGUUGUGUAUGGUCAGCUGUGGAGCUGACAAGAGCAUCUAUUUUCGAUCUGCUGAGAAGACGUCGGAGGGCUUGAUCUUCUCACGAUCACAUCACAUAGUGGAGAAGACCACACUGUAUGACAUGGACCUGGACGCCACACGCACACACACGGCCAUUGCGUGUCAGGACCGCAACAUUAGAGUGUACAAUGUGAGGAGUGGCAAGAUGAAAAAGUGUUUCAAGGGCUCCCUGAAUGAUGAUGGGACACUGCUCAAGGUCCAGUUGGAUCCCUCUGGGAUGUUUCUAGCCACCAGUUGUUCGGACAAAAAUAUCUGUAUCUUUGACUAUGAGUCAGGCGAAUGUGUGGCCACCUUAUUUGGACAUUCGGAAAUUGUUACAGGUAUGAAGUUCAGCCAGGACUGCAGGCAUCUGAUCACUGUAUCUGGUGACAGCUGUGUGUUUGUGUGGCGGCUGGACUCUCAGAUGACCAACUCCAUGAGGAAGAGGUUGGCAGAGAGGAAGCGGCAGGCAGGCCUGAGGGUUCAACGGGCCCCCAGUAAACAAGAAGCCAUCAGGAGAGAGACUUACAUCGCUGUGCCCUGUAGUGCACUGCCUCACAUGGAGGAGGAAGAGGAGGACGGCUUGAUGCCAGAAGAUGGUGUGGAGGACUGCAGAACUCCAGACAGACUCGACUCCACCGAUGCAUCUCUGGAUUCUGUGGUGCUCCAAACCAAUGGCAAAAUGCCCAUGUGGGUGCGCAGACUGGGUGGAGGAGGUGAAAAUGAUGGAAGAGGUAUAGAUAAUCGAGCUCAGUACCAGCCACAGGGACGCUGGGCGGUGCAGUCCGAUCCGCUAGCCAUCCGCACCGUGCUGGAGAUGAAGAGCAUGCAGCUUCCCCUCUCACACACUCCCAGCAGAGCCGUGGGAGAGGAAGAGCUUGAGGAAGACUCUCGCUUUCACCCGCAGAGUUUGGACAGUCUGUUGGAUGAAGACGUUGAAGAUGAUGAUCUAGAGGAAGAGGAAAAGAUUUGCAGUGUUUCCAGAGAUGGGUUUAGCUCUUCGCUCCAAGGGCCAGAUUUUCUGCAGUUGCCACAUGGAGAGGAGAACUUCAAUCCAGAGCUCGGCUCACCAGAGAAGACUGGAUACAUUUUAUACCCAGCCAACAGCACUGCUCUGUCCACUGGAGAAGGAGAGUUUGAUGUUAAAGCUCUGUGUGAGGGGGCAGGUGGUGACCCUGAGGAAGAGGAGCUAAGCCCAGAUAGUGCUUGCUCGGCUGAGAGCCCAGCCUCCCAUAGCGACCAGCCUCAUGACCAGGACACAGACUCUCUCAGUCAGGUGAGCUCCACAGGAAGCUCAGGAGUUGAAGAGGAAGAGGAUGAAGAAGAAUCUGGAACUCUGCUUCGCCAACAUUUCGACACACUGGGUGUGGCUGGUAAUGAAAAGUUCAACACGGACUUGAGCAGUCUGCAGCCCAGCUCAGAGAGUAACUUCCUCAAUCCUCGCCUCAGUAUCUCCACACGCUUCCUCUCCCGCUUUCAGAGCCGCUUCCGCACUAUAGGGACUAGUAGCAGUGCGGUUUGCCGGCCUGCAGCCUGCCUGCCCAGUAUACCUGAUGAGUCCAGUGAUGGCUGCCAAACUCUCGAUCUAACAAUGGACAAGUCAAAGGUUCUUUCAAACAACAGUGGAACCAUUGAGGAGAACGAGAAGAGUGUUGCCAAGAAACGUUCCUCGAUGGCUGCUCGGAAAUCUUGCCAAAACUUAUCUUUGUUACGCUGGAAAAAUGCUCUGGGAGAAAUCUCAAACAAGACCAUUCAUUCCAAAGUUCAUAAUAUUGUCAACACUGCAGCAAUUCUUGCCACCAAAUCUGCCAGCAACACAACUGAUUCAUCCGUUACACGUUCCCGCCAAAGCUACAUGGGUCCCACUGCAAGCUCCCGCGCUAAGAUAGCGCAGAGCAACUCUGUGGAGAGUCUGAACGUGUGUGCGUCAGAGGAAACGCAGCUAAACGCCCCAUCCUCGUCGCUGGACCCAACUGUAGAGCAAAGCAAAGAGAACAUUAUUCCACCUUCCUCUUCGGUUCUUUCCUCGGGACAGGCUCAUCCGACACCUGCCUUGGGAAACCACAGUGCCCGGGCAGCGCUUCGAUUAGACCUUGUUGGCCCCGGUCGUGCCAGUCUGUCACCGGUUUCGCUCAAGAGCCGUCUAGGGAAAGUUGAACGUCCCGAGUCUCCACGUCGACAGGCUUUGGUGACGCCCACAGAGAUGCGUUCACUGGGGAUAGAGUGUCGGAAGCAGAUCAUUAAUAUUGAGCAGAGUUUGGCUCCUAAGACUUCAAGCAGGUUCUCAACAGGCUCUGAAAUGUUUGCCAGGAAGCCCACAGUGUCAGAAACCAGUCAUACGGUGGUUGAAGACCUGCAGUUUACGGGGUCAUGUGAGAAUACACAAACCCCGGGUCAGAUUUCAGUAACUCUAGACAGAGAGGAUUCUACAGAAAACCACUGCCUUGAAGAGGACACAGGUCUUUCUGCAGGGUCGUUCAGUGUCCAGAUGUGUAAGGAGAUGGUGAAUGAACUCUGGCACACCAUCCAUAAAGCAACUGGCUUUUAUAGCAAGUUGUGCUCCAUCCCCGAGUUGUCGGAGCAGCAGGAACAGAUGAAGGGUAUUUUGCAGGAGGUGUUUGUGGGUGUACAGAGUGAGCUACACUCCCUGUGCCCACAGGAGACGCGCCCCUCGGCCCAGAGCGCCCGUCCCAUACCAGAAGACUCUCCCGGCCGUCAGCUCCGGGACGACAGGACCGUGGCCCUCCUGGAGAAAUACUCCGAGAUGCUUUUACUGCGAAUGACUGAAAAAGGAGCACAGGCUACUCUGGAGUAACAGGUCACCAAAUGAACUUCUAACGCCAUACCCCCUUAAGCACCUUUAAAUUUAAUGUCUUGCAUUUGUUUUAUGCUUUUAAAUAAACAUGUAAAUGCAUAUUUGAAACUUUUUGUAAAACUGGCAGUUUGUCUUUAUACAAUGUUUUUUUUUUUUUUUUUUUUUUUUUUUACACUACAUUUCAAUACCAGAGUGUAUUUGGUCACUUACACUUUAAUUCUUUUUAUCCUUUAAAGAUUUAUCAAGGAAAACUCUUCAGGACCUUUUUUCUCCUUUUAAAUUGUUUGUCUUUUCCACAUUUCAUGUACAGUUUUGAAACUGUUACUUUUGGAAUACAAACAGUUGAAUUAUGUACUGAGUUUUGUGUUGACAUUUGAUGCUUUUGUAGUUUUCCACCAUUUCACGCAGACUAACGACGAGGUGACGUGUAGAUGUUUCCCAAAGCAUCAGGCUGUGACUCACAAUUUGCUUUCCACUGGUGUGAUGAUUAUGCUUUGUCAUGUUGAUGUGCAAUCCUUUUUUUUUUUUUUCUUUUCACUGAAAAUGUAUAGUUGACUUUUUAGAAAAGCUUUGUAAAUGUUUUAAUCAGCCAUUUAUACUAUUUUAAUAUUAAAACGUUUAAAUAUU